AGCGGAGCACGUUCGGCUCGCGCACGGCGCCGGAACGACCACCUCCACACAGCAUCGCGAGGCGCGAGCACCAGGAGAAAAGAGAAGAGAAAGUAAUGGCGUGAUGGCAGCUCCGGUGGCUUCCCUACCCUCGUUCCCGCCGAGGAGCCACGCGUCCCCCUUCGGCCGGAGCGUGCCGUUGGUGUCCCCUCGGCGCGGCGCUGGCGCGGCCCGCCGCACGCUCCCCAUCUCGGCGCACGGCGGCAGCGAGGGGGAUGCGGGGAGGAUCCUGGAUCCGCUCGCCACGCCCUUCCAGAUCCUCGGCCUCGACGCCUCGGCCGCCUGCUCCGCCGCGCAGCUCAAGGCCGCCUUCCGCGCCCGGGUAAAGGAAUUCCAUCCUGAUGUUUGCAAGGACACAGAGAAUGCAGAUUUAGUAAUGAGACGAGUACUGGAGGCCUAUGAGAUAUUAUCCGGUAACCAAGGAAUGAUGGUCGAAAGGAACAAUAUUGACCCAUUUGAUGAACCUGAGUGUGAAGCUUACGACAUAUUUGUCAAUGAACUUCUAUGCAUUGGCACCGGAUGCCCAUAUUCUUGUGUUAAAAGGGCACCUCAUGCAUUUGCAUAUGCAGAUGACAUUGGUACAGCUCGUGCAAAAUCUCAAGGUCAUGGUGACAAUUACCUUGUCCAACUUGCUGUCGGUCAGUGUCCGAGAAGCUGCAUAUACUAUGUGACACCUUGCCAACGUGCUAUCUUGGAGGAUGUACUUUCUAGCGUGUUGAUGACGCCGCACGACCUCUCUGAAGCAGAAGUUCUGUAUUCGCUCACAUCAAAAGCAACAUUCGAGAACAAUAGGUACAGGAGGCCCAAAAGAGACACAAAAUCAUCCUCUGACUAUGUUGAUUGGAUGUGACCGUUUCCUGAAGAACCACCAAGCACUGGGAGUCUCCGUCAGAUUGGUCAGUGGUAUAUGCCACGAUGAGCGUGUUGUUACUGUGUAGUCGACAAUUAUAUGUAUGUAUAUUGCUGUAUCAUGUAGGGGGAGGCAACAAUUUUAUUUUUAAAAUGCAAAUCCGCUGUGUGUGUGGUAGGUAAAUAGCACGGUAUAUGUGUAGAGGGGUGUAUUGCAAACUUUGUAAUUAACAGGUUCCAAAGUUUAAGGCUGCAAUAAAUUAACACAUGGCUAAUAA